AUGACAUCGCCUUUCGAUGCGGCGCGUUUGUCCGCCGCUCGCCCGGCGCCAAAGGCCUACGCCCUCGAAACCGCGUACGUCCCCGGCCCCGUACGGCUUCGAAUGCGCCGUCAACGACCCGUGCCGCCUACGACGCGCACGGCCAGUGCGAAUCCGGCGACGGUAACGGCCGCGUCGAGGGCACCCACGGCCCGGUCGAACCCGACGGUUCGGUACGCGGCGUCGUCGAGUACACCGCCGACGGCUACAACGGUUUCAACGCCGUCGUCAAGAAGUAAGGCGCACACGCCGCCCCGUCCAACAAGGCCCCCGCUUACACCGCGCCCGCCUACAAGGCCGCGCACCCCGAACCCCCGUACGCCGCCCCGGCGUACAAAGGCAUACUAA